GCGGCGGGGACGUGUCCGAGCGAGACGGGGAGAGCGGGGCAGGGGAGCGGGGAGGCGGCGGGCAGGAGGUGAGGCGUCGUGCCGAGGGGUGACUUUCCCGUCCUACAUCACCCCCGUCGCAGCGCACAUGGGGGCUCUCUAAGUCAUUGCUUAUAAUGUAUCUGCAUCUGAAGAACUAGAAAGUGGUUUUAUACGAUGCUGACUAACACCAUAGGACAUCAUUUAAUGGUACAUCAAGCAAUGAUUCCCAGAAGCCUGAAGCCAUUUUCCUACAUCUGUGGUGGUAGAAUGUUGUCAGGCUACAAACCUAAAAGGGAUAUCAAGGACUCUUACAAAAUUCUUGAGCUUGAGGAAGGAUGUUCAGUCGAUGAUAUCAGAAAUUCGUAUCGGAGUCUUGCUAAAAAAUACCACCCAGACAGCGGUUCCAUCACAGCAGAUUCUGCAGCAUUCGUGAAGGUAGAAGAAGCAUACAGAGUUGUGCUUAACGAUGUGGCAAACAAAAAGAAAUCCAGUGAGAAUAAGGAAGAGGAGGAGGAGGAAGACCAGCUCAAAUCAAACGCGCCACAGCAUAGGCACUACUUGAGUUUUGAAGGUGUUGGUUACGGAACACCAAGCCAAAGAGAAAAGCAGUACAUGCAGUUCAGAGUAGACCGUGCUACUGAGCAAGUGCUGGCGUACCGUGCGCGGAAGCUUGAAAGCCAGUAUGUUGCAACGGACCUUAUGAAAGCCAAAGAUGUGAGACAGAGCAAGAAAGUGAAGAUAACUCAGGCAGUUGAACGGUUGGUGGAGGACCUUAUUCAGGAGUCAAUGGCAAAAGGUGAUUUCGACAACCUCAGCGGGAAAGGAAAACCUUUGCAGAAGUUUUCGGAUUGUCCUCAUGUCGAUCCUAUGACUCACAACCUGAACAGGAUUCUGAUAGACAACGGAUACCAGCCGGAAUGGAUCCUCUUGCAGAAAGAAAUCAGGGAAACGAUUGAGCGAUUAAGAAAGAGCAUAGUGGUAUCCAGGAGUAAGCUGGGAGAGCCCAUGACGUCGCGUAGGCAAAAGGAAUGGAAUCACAUCUGCGAGCAAUUUGCGGAGGAUAUCAGGAAGUUAAACAAAAGGAUCGACAGCUUCAAUUUAGUUGUUCCUCUUCUGAGCAGACAAAUGGUGCACUUCAGUGCUGACAAAGAAAUCAUCCGAGCACAAAAGACUUACGAAGCUUCGAUGGAAAACACAGAGGCUUCUGGUUACGACACAAAGGAAAAUGAAGGGGAAGGUGUUCAACGGUUUGGGUGGAAGUCUUCUCUACUGAAGUGGUUCAAUACUACACUGAAAUAACAUCAUAGUGGCUCACCUCUAGUCCAGCUUUUGAAGGCACUUUAUAACUAAAACCUGUAGCAUGAGGGAAAUUUCAGAUUCACUGCAAAUAUAAAAUCUACCUGGCUGUUAGACCGCUUGAAAGGAACUGGGGGGGUCUGAUGUUCACUUGUGGGUCCUUAAUUCUUUGUGAAUGCUGCUAAGGAACAAGUGAAUCCAGUUAUCCUAUUGAAGCUCAUUUUUUUCCUUCUGCUUAAGUCAAAAUUUGUGCUUAACUUUUCGGUGUAUAAUUUAAUGACUUCUGCAGCGCUGUUAUCUCUUUGUAACAUGAAACUGACGCGUAAGUAAAACACUGAGAGGACAAAGGGGAAGUAAAGUGUGUCCAUGCCCUUUACUUUGACCUUUAUCCUUCCUUGUUUAAAUGUCCCUUGGCUGAGAAAGAUCAGCUUUUAAUUCUCAUUACAGGAAUUGGACAUGAACUGCUGUUCAAAUGAAUCCAGUGACCGAUGUGCAAAGAGCUAAUUGUAAGUUGGAUUUGUUGCACGGGUGUAAAUAGGAACCAGACUGCAAUAAAUGUGACUGGGGUGGAAUCCA